CGCAAACCAAAACACAAAAAAUAAAAUAAAAUCAAAAGAUACACACCCAAAGGCAGAGACGAAGGCCACAAAGAAACGACUCUCGCCUGUCGUCUCCUUCAAUCUCCUAUUCACCUGGAGAUAUGGUUCUUGCUUUCAAACUGCCACUGCCAUUGUCUUCUCUUCAAAGACCUCAACUCUCAACUCCUACUUGCCCCCUUCGUCUCCAUAACUAUAUGUAUACCUAUAAUCCCAACAAUUUUUUUUCUUCUCCAAUUAUUCCAACCCAAGGCCCCAGAAAGUUGUACUCCUUUGGCGUCUCCUAUCGCUACUCAAGCAGAGAUGAAGAUAGCGAGGACCAUGAGAAUUGUAGCUUUGACCAGGCAGUUUCCCUUUUCAACAAAAGGGAGUACUAUAAGUGCCAUGACCUGCUUGAGGCCUUAUGGAACAAAGCCGAGGAGCCGGCCAGAAAUCUCAUUCAUGGCAUUCUACAAUGUGCUGUUGGAUUCCACCACCUUUUUAACCAGAACCACAGGGGUGCUAUGAUGGAGUUGGGUGAGGGGCUGUGUAAACUUAGAAAGAUGAAUUUCGAGAGUGGACCAUUUUAUGAGUUUGAGCAAGACAUUACUGCGGUCCUCAACUUCAUUUACAACACUCAAAUUGAGCUGGCUGCCUGUGGUGAUGAUCUAUGUGUGACAAUGGAACAGUCAGAGAGGUCAUACCUUCUUCUUGGAGGCUAUGCCGCCGGCCAGCAUCUUUAUCAUCUACAAACCGAUUCUAAUCAAGUUAUGUAUAUUGUCUUUUGCCCUCAAAGACCUUAUGGAUCUGCUCAGGCUUCAGCUUCAUCUCCAAGGGUAAGGCUUCCAAUUCUUAAAGCCGCUGAGGGCCAUCUUUUGGUCUAUGAAUAAAGUCACUGAAGCAUCCAUCUUUUAUACAGUACAUUGUAAAUAAAGCAAUUCUAAUACUUGAAAAGGUUAUGCUCUAAAGCAAGAUAUAAUGUAUAAUAUCUGUUUGUUUGGUCAAAAUUAAGCCUGUUUCAUUGGGGAGAGCAAAACAUUUUGAGCUAGGUGAGACUUGCGUUUUCCUGACGGGCCAAAACAUUCAUGAUCCAACCAUAUUGGUGAAAUCAUUAACAAGUUUUGUGAUACAAAACAAAUAUUCUGCAU